CGUGAUCACCAUCAAAUUUGAAAAAGUUAAAGUUGUGAGAACCAGUUUGCUGUUGUCCAAAGUGAAAUCCUGCAAAGGUUUAGGUGAUUAAGUAAUGGAACGAGCUGUAGUGGUCUUGUGGUUUUCUCCCAUGAUGCUUGGAGAAGUUAAAACGGCAUCAGCUUGCUGCUGUUAACACAGUGUCAAAUGCUGACGAUGAAAGCUGACAAGGGGAUUCUUCUUUUUGCCCUGUGGCUUAUAAGUGUCUCCUCAAAUGGUGUGGAGGGCUGUGAAACACAUGUCACAGUCACAGCUCCGUUUGGCUCCUCUGUGCUCUUGCCAUGCAGCUUUUUAUCAAAUGGCCCCAGCUGGGUCAAAUGGACUCACUGGGGUGAGGAAGAUCAACGAGACCGGGAGCUGGUUCAUCUCUCAUCUGAAGGGCGCAUUGAAUUCCUGGAACCCAGAUCCGGCCGGGUUAAAACCUUUCCCAACCAGGCUUCAGAGAGAAACUUCUCCAUCACCAUUGAUGGGGUCCAAAACUCUGACAUGGGGUCCUACUACUGCAACCGGAGCGAUGAAUGCUUUGAAGUGAAGCUGUCCGAAGAUAAAGGUGAGCAGUUCUCAGAAGAAUCCUGUGGUAAAGAUUUUUGUAAAACCUCUGAAGUCCCAGCAAUGCUCGGCUCUUCUGUGCUCUUACCGUGCUCACUUAACGGCACUGCCUUUAAGUGGGUCACCUGGGCUCACAUAAAUAAGGGGAAUGUGGUCCGUCUUUCCUCUCAUGGACGUGUUCAUUUUCCAGACCCCAGAUCUGGCCGAGUCAAAGCAUUUCCAAACCAGGUCUUAAAGAUGGACUACUCCAUUGUCAUCGACAAGUUAGAAAACAUUGAUCUGGGGUCUUACUGCUGCAAGCAGAGGAAUAACUGUUUUCGAGUGGAGUUGCUUGAAGUCAGAAGAAAGCGGAGCCAAUUAAUGCAGCUACUGAUCUACAUACUUGCUUGUUUUGCUGCCUUCAUCGUCCUGAGCCUUUUUGGCUACAUCUGCUGGUUGAAAUGCAUGUGCCUUGCCAACAAAAGUAGACCGGAUGUGAUCGUUACUGUCAGUGAAACAACUGAAGGUCCCAGUGCGCCCCCACAGGAAGUCGUCAGAGUAAAUCAGAUAGCAGGUGCUGACAAUAGUCUUGUUUAUGAAAAUGAUGACCCCUCCAGAAACCCCAGUGGCCAACCAGUAGUUCUGCAGCUACAGGAUCGGAAUCGGCCCCGUCCAAGUGAGAUUGGAAUUUAUCCAAAUCUUGAUGAAUUCAAGUUUGAAAGGGUGGAGAGUCAGAGGACAAGGCAGAGAUUUCACAUAGACCUCAUCAGCAGAUUACGGCAAGCCAGUUUCAACCGCCAUUUUUAUGUGAACCAGGGGGAGAUCCAUAAGCAGCAAGCCAUGGCAGCACAGACAGAGAAUAAAAAAGCAGGGAUGGGCAGGAGGAAAGCCAAAGACUCAUGUGAAUACAAAAACCCCAUUUACAGCAGGAGCACGGACCAUCUCAACCGACUCUAGAGGAUUCAGGAGUCUAAACACCAUUUCCCAAUGGUGGACAUUGCCUGAUAAUGUUUUUAAGUCUGACUGCACUGUAUUUUUCUGUAGAUUUCGCAUUUCUGAAUGCAUUAAAAAAAAAAAAAAAAAAAACAUCUACAUAUAGCAUAAACAAAUACUUGACUCCAGAAUAUCCUUCUUUUUUCAUUCUAGUCUCAUGUUACAGAGUUAAAUGCAGUGAGAGAGAUAUUUCACAUUUAUAAAAAGAUUGUUUUAGGACUGUAGGAUUUUUGACACUCAACAAGUGGCACAUUUCUUCCUCUAUUCUUGUAUUUAACAGUUUUGAUGCCUCCUGUUGGUUGGAAGAUUUCAAGUUGUAUUUUUUUCUGUCUAAAUUUAACAGGGAUGUAUCAAAGCUGCUAAUAAUGCAAAACCACCACCCAUCUAACAUGAAUAAUUUAGUGGGAAUGUAUAUGAGUCUUCAAAGUACAUCACAACAAAGACAACCUUCUUGUGAAGGUUUACCUGUUUAAGGCUUGGUGCUGGACUUUCCAGUGCUCCUUCCUGAAAAAACCUGAAGUAAAGCAAUGUAGUGGAAGGUUUGUACUAUUUAUAGCUAAACUAAGUGGUGUAGUGUCAAAUGUUUGCCUUAUAUAAAAAAUUACAAACUGAAGCUAUAAAAUUAGCAAAACUGCAAUGCACUUUUCACUUCCAUUAACUUAAAAGCCCUUGAUUCCCUUCAGCUGGUUCAAAACACUUCAGCAAGACUCCAACUGGAACAAACAGAAGAGCUCACAUCACUCCCAUAUUAAUGUCUUUGCACUGGUUACUGAUUAAUUUUCGCAUCCAUUUGAAAGUCCUGGCUUUAACUUUCAAGGCUCUGCAUGGUCAAGCUCUUUCUAUAUUACCAAUUGUUAAAGCAACAUACUCCAACUUGAACCCUCAAGGCCUGAAACCAAAAUCUAUUCGUAAUCCCAAAGCCCAGAGAGGGACUGCUCUUUCCAGACUGUUGCACCCAGUCGCUGUGAGAGUCUGGAGUCAAUAAAAAAGCAGCUAAAGAUGUUCUUAUUUAGCCUUUCCUUUAAGCUUUUUUAAAUGUUACUCUGUUUCUUUUUUAAUUAUUUGUAUUUUUUAUUUGCUUUGUCUUUUAUUUAUGUUUUAAUUCAAUUUUGUUGUAAUGAUUAUACUCGUAUAAGAUAAAUUGAAAUUGCUUAAUAAAGUACAUACAAAGUAA